AAAGUGUAAUCCAAAAAAAAAUAUAUCCCACCGCAUCGAGCCCCUCUAUAAAGUCCACCUCCCUCUCUUUCCAUUCGUAUCUACUAAUUAAACCGUUUCUUUCUCUCUCUUUUGGCUCUCUCUUUCAUUUUCCGAGCUCUCUCUCUGUAGAGAAGAAGAAGAAGAAGAUGGAGCGCUCUGUGCGUUUGGUUUCAGCCGUUUUCCUCGUGCUGAUGCUCCUCGCCGCCACUGAGACGGGGAACAUGGUGGCGGAGGCGAGGACAUGCGAGUCGCAGAGCCACAGGUUCAGGGGGACGUGCGUGAGUAACAGCAACUGCGCCAACGUAUGCCAGACGGAGGGCUUCCCCGACGGCAACUGCCGGGGCUUCCGCCGCCGCUGCUUCUGCACCAAACCCUGUUGAUGAUGAGUGAUGGGAAUCCAUGGCUGUCGUACGUACGUGGUCGUCUCGUUCAAUAAUUCAGCUAGCUAGCCAUAGCGCUGUCUCUGCUGCAGUAGUAGUAGUAAUAACGAGUCUCUAUGUACUGUCUUCACGUACGGAGGCUUCACUCCCGCUUUCUUCGAUGGUGUCUAAUCCCUAGCUCUGUCACUCUUGCUGUUUGGGUCUCUCUUCCUUAGGUGCAAAAGGUGAAAUCCCUCACCUUUCGAUGUUAUUAUGUAAGCAUGCUUCCAAAACCUCUCUCUCUCUCUCUCUCUUUCUCUUUCUCUUUCUCUCCACGCACACACUGUAACACAAAUCUGUUCUAUUCUAUCAUACAAACACUAGGGUUACUACUUACUACGGUGGUGUCAUCAUUGUGUAUUAAUUUUGUGAUUUUGAGUUUUGAAUUUUGUGUUUUUAA